AUGCCUACGAACAGAGUAGAAAACAUACACGCCGUGUCCAGACGACAAAGUGGAGUGUCUAUACAAAGCUCUGAUGCGCUGUUCUCAGACAAACAACGAUUCGACGAGGUGCUUCGCAAUUCGGGUUCAUCUCGGGUGUUUCAAAUGGUUAAAAUGAUGGCUAUCAUACUGGUGCCGAUUAUCACGCUGAUCGUGCAGUCAGGCUUGUCAGGAAAGGAAACCUUGGAGGACAGAGAUGCGGCUGCCUUGUUGUACAAAUCUGUUGAUAUUGACUUAAUCAUUAGUGCAGCAGUCAUUAACCUGCAGAAGGAACGAGGGAUCACCGCAAUGUACUUGAGUUCAAAUAGAAGUAAUUUAAACGCGCGUCAUAGCCUUCAUUCCUUGUAUCCUGAUACCGAUGCCAAGUUGUUGGCUAUGUUCACCUUGGAGUCGGGAAGCAUGUGCGAUGUCAUUACCGCAGUCACAGGCUGUCGGGAGUUAAGCGACUUUAUCAACGAACAUAGACUAAAAGUGCUUCAAUCAUCAGUGCAUCUUUCUAUUGAAGAUAAUAUUAUAUUUUAUACGAGCAUUAACGAAGCUUUAAUGCAAAAAAACACAAACGCGUUGAUUAAAGCCAAAGUCGGUUGGCUUUGGUCGUCCUUGGUUGCCAAAUCGUCUUUAUUAAGUGCAACAGACGUGAUCGGUAUCGAGAGAGCACUGGGAGCAACAUAUUAUGCAAGUUGUUCGCCACUAUCAACGUCCUCGUUGCGUUGGAUGAUGCAAGUACACUCCCAGGGACUGGCGCUAAUGAGGGAAGCCUUCAGGUAUUCGCCUACAUUGGCAGACACGUUAUAUAUACGCAUGGAAGAGCACUAUCCUCUGAACGUGUCACUGUCCAUGAUGACAAGCGAGGUUUUUCAAAACAGUUACCAUUGUCAGGAAUACGGCGCUGUCAUGUCUGCGACAAUGGCGGACUAUUGGUUUGGUAAUAUGACAGAAUACAUUGAUAUAUUGGCAGGAGUGAGAGUACAGAUAUCCGCUGACAUUAUCAGGGAAGCGGAAUUCAUCAUUGAAAGCGCCAGGACAAAACUGAUUACGCACAUUACUCUGAUGGUCUGCAUCACAAUACUUUGCAUUUCCUUGGGUUUUUGGUACGCAUAUAGUAUAUAUCGGCUUCUUUCCUCACUAACAAUGUACGGUAGUAAGAUAACUAGCCAAACUCGACAACUAUCCAUGGAGAAAAAAAAGACAGACAGGCUGCUUUAUCAGAUGUUACCGAGGUCAGUGGCAGAUCAACUUAAAUCUAACAAAUCAGUCAAGACAGAGUAUUACGAGAACGUUACCAUAUAUUUUAGCGAUAUCGUUGGGUUUACAGCAAUGGCCGCAAAGAGCACUCCGAUGGAUGUAGUCCAAUUUCUAAACGCUUUGUAUAGUACCUUUGACGAGUGCAUUGACCGAUACGAUGUUUACAAAGUAGAAACCAUAGGCGAUGCUUACAUGGUUGUGUCUGGCUUACCAGGACGCACUGACCUGCAUGCAUGGGAGAUUGCGAGUAUGUCUCUGGACCUAUUAGAAGAAGCUAAACAUUUCAUAGUUCCACAUCUACCUAACGAAAAGUUGAGCCUUCGUAUCGGCAUUCAUACGGCUCUCAGGAUUCAUAUAAGUGAAAGCACUAAAGAAGCAUUAUGCAGAUAUCCAUUGUUUGUCAUAGAACAACGCGGAACUAUCGAUAUUAAGGUGAAGAAUGUAGCUAUAUGUUUAGCAUAUAUUGAAUGUGUGACACUAUACUAUCGAAUUUCUGGAAAUUACGAUUUUACGGGCAAAGGUUUCAUGCAGACAUACUGGCUUAAGAACAAAAUAGAACCCGAAGAUCAUCAUGUUGAGUGGGCAGACUAG